AUGCCUAACUCCAGUGAGCAGUCGCAUUUUGAUGGCUCUCAGAGCCGGCCAGGUCCUGAGUGGAGUGAGGGCCAGAGCGAGGGGGCUGCAAGUCGCUGUCUCUACUGCGGUACCGUUUCGGGGCGCAGGAAUUCUGUGCCGCCCGGUGGCGGAGAUCGUGGAGUAUGGUUUCACCAUAAUACAGAUCUGUGCGAGAAACCGGACCCGGCGCUCCAGUCCUGCUUAUACCGGCCGGUCCAGCAUGGCCAGCAGGUACUGAGGAAGAACUCUGCACCCGAUCUGAACACUAACUUCUACCUCAAGCGACUCAUGGCAGGCCGGGCCUCGGCAGAAACUCAGGAUUACUACCUGGCUGAUGCUACCUUAUCCGGGCAGCCACCGGAAGAGUCCGGGUUUUACAGGGAUAACCAGCGUUUGCUCACCAGAUCAGCCUCGCAUUAUGGGCCUAGCACGGGGGGGGUGAGGCCUGCGUGGGAUCAAGGACACUCAAGGGCCACACCUUCUGCACUGGCCUCUGUUUCUGCGGCUACACCUGCUCCUCCUCUCCUCCCCCCCCCUCCUCCUCCUCCCCCGCCUCCUCCACCCCCUCCUCCCCCUCCCCUGCACGAGCUGAGCCGUUUGUACAGGGAAGCUCUGGGAUCUAAGAUGAUCCCAGACGUCCAGCGCAUUGGUGGCAGCUCUUCCGUUCCUGCCGUCUACGGGGUUCAGCCCCCUCUACCGAUUUACGCUGCCGAGCCACCAUCUCUCUCCGCACGUCACGCUUACAACAGCAUCAACAGCUUGUCCCUGGAACCCCGCCAGCCAGCUGCCACCAGUUCAGCGGUGGACCCGGCUUCUCAGGGAAUGGACGGAGCUCUGCCCCGAGCUUAUGGCGCCGUAGCCUCUCAAAGGCUGCCUUAUGACCCCAACUACGAUCCUACCUCCGCCAUGAUGGCUGCCACAGCUGGAAUGAACCCCAACCUGCCUCCCGUCCAUCCCAGCGCUGCGGACCCGAAGAGGAUGGUGGACCCUUCUUUCCUUGCCUACCUGCGUUCCGAGGGCUUGGCUGAGAGCACGAUUACCCUUUUGCUUCAACAUGGCUUUGAUUCCACCGCCACGCUGGGGAUGAUGGAGGACCACGACAUUCGGUCCGUGGCCCCAAACUUGGCCCAGGCCCGCGUUCUUUGCCGGGUAGUGAUCGGAUGCAAGGCAGGCGGAGCGGGAACGCGUACCCGGUCCAACAGCUUCAGCCAUCGGAAUGACCUCUACAUGCAGCCGCAGGGUUUAACCAUGGAUCCCUCCCUGAUGCAGCAGCCUGCCACCACCAUCCAGACCGUGUCCCCAAGGAUGGGAGAGUUUCUCGGACGAAGACCCAGCAGUGCACCCUCCCAACACCUGCUGGAGACCACCACCUACCCAGGAGCACGUCCACUGGCGACUGGAGCUUUUCCAGUCAGCCCCGGAGGAUAUAACAAUGUACCGACACAGGGAAGACCCCUCUCCAUGUAUAAUGCCCACACCGGCCUCGCCAUGUCUGCUCUGGGACAGCAGCCUCCACCGGCCCCAGGCACCCCCGGGGCAGCUCCAAAAACCUUCUCCGGCUCCUUCUCCCCAAUGGAGCUGAUGAAGAGAGCCCCUAAUCUUCCCCCAGCAUCGCCUGUGCUAGCAGCAAGCCCUCUCCACAGCCCACAACUCCUCCGGAAAGGAAUCAAUGCUGCUCCCGAGAGCGGCAUCGCUCCCGUCACGUCUUCCAACAAUCUGCAGGCGCAAAACCCAAAUAACAAGCUGGUUGGACGACGCACUGGUCCACCUGUUAUAGUCUCAACCAUGGCCACCACGCCUGAUUCAAGUAAUGGAGAGCGCCUUGCAGCACCCAGAUUGGCCAUGGAGAUGUCCGUCAGUGGCAUCCCGCAGAGCAGCACAGGUGGGGACGCCAUUGGCGUGUAG